GUUUUUAAUUUAAUUAGUUUAUGGAUUAAAUUGGUGUAAAUACAUUACGAAGUGUACAAAAGCUGAUUAAAUCAGCAAUGAAAACCAGAGUUUUAACAGCGUUUCCAAAUCUUCCAUAAAAUAGUUUUGAAAUAUAAUUGGAAACAAUUUCAAACAAUCUGAAUUUUGAGUACAAAACACCUACUGUGAUAAGAAUCUAUAAUCAGUUUAAGAAAUAAAAUCUAUUUGGAGGUAAAGAGAUAAUAUGUUAUAUAAUAGAUUUAAAAUCAGAAGUUGAAGUGGCAUAAAAAAUAGCAUCUAUAGAAUGUUAAGAUAAUGUAAUAUAAAAAGUUGAAGCGAUUGAUAAAGGAUUUUUAACAAUUCAAUUAAAUGAUAAAUUUAUUGAGGAUGAAAUAAAUGCACUUUUAAGAAAUGGAUUGAAAUUCCCCUUAGAGAAGAAACAAGUAUAAACAAUAUAUAAAUUAAUUUAGAAAGUAGUUGUAGAUUUUUCAAGUCCAAAUAUCGCAAAGGAAAUGCAUGUUGGUCAUUUAAGAUCAACAAUAUUAGGAGAAUCAUUAUGCCGAAUAUUAGAAUUUUAAGGAUAAGAAGUAGUAAGAGUAAAUCAUAUUGGUGAUUGGGGAACUUAAUUUGGAAUGUUAAUUAAUCAUUUAUUAGAAGAAUAUCCAGAUUAUUAAACUAACAGACCUGCUUUAAAAGAAUUAGAAGAUUUAUAUAAAGCAGCAAAAAAGAAAUUCGAUUCUAAUGAGGAAUUUAAAGUUAAAUCAUAAUAAUAUGUUGUAAAACUACAAGCUUUGGAUCCAGUUUGUAUAGAUGCUUGGAAAAUGAUUUGUGAAUUGAGUCGAUAAGAAUAUAAUAAAAUUUAUUAGAGAUUGAAUGUUAAAAUAACAGAAUUUGGAGAAAGUUAUUAUAAUCCAAUUCUUUCAGAAAUAGUGAAGGAAUGUGAAGCUAAAGGGAUUGUUGAAUUAGAUUAAGGAGCAAAAAUUAUAAGAGUGAAAGGAGAAAAAGUUCCUUUAAUGAUUGUAAAAAAAGAUGGUGGUUAUAAUUAUGAUACAACAGAUAUGGCAGCAGCCAAAACUCGUAUUUUAGAUUGGAAAUGUGAUAGAUUACUUUAUUUAACAGAUGUAGGAUAAUGGAAUCACUUUAAAUUAAUUUUUGAAGGUGCAAAAUUAAUGGGAUGGCAUCACCCACCAGCAACAUCAAUGGAACAUAUGGGAUUUGGUUUAGUAUUAGGUCCUGAUGGUAAAAAGUUUAAGACAAGAUCAGGAGAUACAGUUAAACUGAUUGAAUUAUUGGAUGAAGCUAAAGAGAGAGCUUUGAAAUAAAUUCAAUAAAGAGUUUAAGAAAGUUAAUAAGGAAAAGAGUUUUCAACUGGAACUGCUCUAUCUCCAGAAGAAUUUGAUUUAGCUGCAGAAAGAAUGGGAAUAGCAGCUAUUAAAUACUAUGACUUGAAAUAGAAUCGUAUUUCAGAUUAUAAUUUCGAUUAUGAUAAGAUGCUGGAUCCUAAAGGUAAUACUGCUGUAUAUUUGAUGUAUUCUUAUGUUCGAAUUGUAUCUAUUUUAAGGAAAAGUGGCAUUCAAGAUUUUGAAUUGUUUAAAACAGAUAAAUAAUUUAAAAUCUCACAUUAACAUGAACGUCAUUUAGCUGCAUAAUUAUUACGAUUUGUUGAUGUUUUAUAAUCAGUAACUGAUUAAUUAGCUAUUAAUUGGUUAUGUGAUUAUAUUUAUGACAUUUGUGUAAAAAUAGCAGAGGCAUAUAAUCAAGUAAUUAAUAAAUAUAAAAUAUAGUAUCGUAUAUUGAAUGAUGAACACACUUAAACAAGACUGUUAUUAUGUGAAGCUAUCAGAAUGGUAUUGUUGCAAUCCUUUUAUUUGGUUGGAAUAGAACCUAUUGAAAAAAUCUGAGGAAACAUAUAUU